AUGAGUUUCUUAUCCAUGAAAGUAGACCUUGGAUCAGACUAUGAUAGUGAUCAUAGUAAUGACUACAAUAAUGACCGUGAUAAUAAUGACCACGACAAUGAUCAUGAUAGUGACUAUUAUGAUGGCUGUAAUAGUAGUAAAAGUAACAAACGAAAUAGGGGAAGUGAGGAAUUUUCUUGUGGAAAUAAAGGCUCAACCGCACCAUUAUGGCGCCACUUGGAAACUGCCCACUGGACGCAGUAUAUCACAACAGAAGAAUAUCGCAGAAAAAAAAUGAAACCACAAGAUGAACGUGGUACUAUUGACAGAAUAUUUAGAAAACACCCCUCUAAUGAAUCCUCUGCCAUAAUUUCAACUGACAUUGAUAAUGCAAAACUUCGUGAUAUGUUCACUGCGUGGAUUAUAAAUCGUCAACGCCCUUUUUCCAUAAUUGAAGAUCCAGAAUUAAUCGAAAUCGUGCAAUAUUUGAAUUCUAAAGCACAGCUAGUUAAAGCAGAUGCAGUUAAAAAUAGAAUCAUGUCAUUUUAUGACUUGGGAAAGAGAGAAUUAAAAGCACUUAAUAUCCUUACUAGCUCUCAUGAUGGUCUUCAUUACUAUGCUAUUUCUCAUAACCAGUGGGCUAUCUUGGAUAAAAUCGUUAAAUUUCUCGAGCCAUUUAAGAAACUUACAACUAAAAUGUCAUCUAGUGCGAAUAGCACAGCUUUUUGGGUUAUUCCUCUUUUUAACAUAAUCAUUAAUCAUGUUGAAGAUGUAGCCUCAGACAUGGACAACAAGGGUUAA